AUGUCCCUCAUCAGCUUUAGUGCCUUGGCUGCGUUCAUUGCUGGAUCCUUACUCGGCGUUGCUAAGAUCCGCCGCAAGCGUUCCGACAAGCAACUGCCCUUGCCGCCAGGUCCUCGUGAACUGCCUUUCAUCGGCAACAUGCAUCAGUUAAAUUCGAAGCGCCCUUGGCUCACGUGUAUGGAGUGGAAAAAGACAUAUGGCGACAUCGUGUACUUACGAAUCCUCGGCCAAGACGCGAUCGUCCUCAACUCGCAACAGGUUGCUGACGACCUCCUCAAGAACCGUUCGAGUAACUACUCGGAUCGCCAGGAUAUAACACCUGUGUUUGACGCCUAUGGUCUUUGGCUUAACACUGCAGCGCUUAAGCGCGGCAAGACUUGGAGGGCGCACCGGCGCAUUCUCAACCAGACGUUAGGGUCCGAUGCCGUGACAGCGUACAGGCCAAUACAGCUUCGCAAAGCGCAGGAGUUAGUUGGAGAAUUUGCGAGGGAACCUGAAGCGUGGUGGGACCAUAUUCGGAGGUUCUCGACUUCCGUCAUCCUUGGUGUGGUUUACGACCAUACACCCGGAAGCAACGCACAGGAUGACCCUGUCUUGCGCACGUUUGCUACAGCCACCGAAAUGAUGAGCAAAAUUCUAUCUACUCAAAUCGUCUUGCUGUUGUCCAUGUUUCCAUUCCGUGAGUACUGCCUCUGGCUUCCGGGCAGACGGUUCAACGCGGCGCGUUUCCGAGAGCGAGUGACGCAGCUGUUCGAACUACCUCUCAAAAUGCUCGAAGACAAGCUUGUGACCGGGCAGGCCAAUCAUUGUGUUGCAUCUCACGCGCUUUUGCACUUCCGCAACACGGACAAGGUAGAAAACUUUGAAGAUCUGAUUAAGGGUGCUUGUGGUCUGGCGUACUUGGGUGAGGCGCUAAAUGUCAUUCACUCCAAUCGGGCUAUAUCCCACAACCCGGACAAGUAUCCAUCUCCCUUCUCGUUCAGCCCAUCGCGCUUUCUUGACGUUGAUGGAAGUCUCUUGAACAAUGAGCCGGACUAUGUAUUUGGUUUUGGACGCCGUAUCUGCCCUGGCAGGCACCUCGCCAAAAACUCGCUCUGGUCAGCUAUCGUUCGAAUUUUGGCUGCUUUUCAUGUGGAGAAGGCUCAUGAUGCAGCUGGGAAUGCCAUAGAACCAGACCCCGAGUGGACAGAUGGUGUCACUACGUGA